UUUUCCCCGCGUUUACAUUUUCAAAUCUUGCGAUGUAUCGUGUGUCAGGAUGUGGUGUGCUUUUUAAUAAAAGUGUCAAGUUUGCGGCCAUAACUGUCACACAUAGACACUACCCGGCAAGAGCUUUAUUGCUUUUUAGUUUAGCAAAUGGCAACCUUGUCACUGUCCGAUGGAGCGGCUUUUUUUAAAGGACUUUACUUUUCUUAAAACAUUAUUAUUACAAACACAUGUAGUGGUCGUAGUAAAUAACAUAACCAUUAAUGAGUGGUUUGUGACGGAAAUUCAUUUCAAGAUGCCGUGACGACUCGGAGAGUUGUCGAAGACGCCCUAAUUUUUCAGAACUCUGAGUAACCAGGUACAGAUCAGUAGCUUGAAUUUCCUCUUCAUUUAGUUCAGUGCGUUCUUCGAAGAAACUCAUCAUCUGGUCAGAAUUGGAGCUUAUUAAUAUUUCAUGAAUUUUUUUUAGGAAAGCACAGUAGUUUCAGCGAUGUUAUCAGCAAUCAUGGGUGUGAAGACAUCAGCGAUGAAAAUUUACUUUUGAUCAAAUCACUCGGUUCGGUUGCACUGAAGUCAAAAUACCUACACGCUGUAGAGUGGAAUUGUCUCUUUCUAACAGAAUUCUAGUUCUAUUUUUAUCCAAUUGUCAUUUCAAAUUCCUUAAAGAGGAAAAGCGCGUUUGGAAAAGCGCUUUUGAAAAGCGCGUUUGAUCGCGAUUGUGCAGUUGUCGUGGCAGACAAGAAGACUGCUUGUGAGUUACAACUCUUCGUAGUCUUUAAACACUACUGACUUAUUUUUUUGUACCGAUGAGAUGAACCGGAACAAGGCAUUUCUCCAUACUGACGGAGCCGAUGGAUGUGAUCAAUAUCAAUACAGUUGAACUGCACUCACACAACGAGCUUGUAAAUUGAAGAGGAAAUCUCCUCGGGGUCAACUUCACUCUGUAAAGCAUUCUCUGAGGCAAAAACACGAUUUCUAUUUGGACUAGUUGCCGUGCUUAAUCGUGCGAUCGCUGAGUACUAAAACAGCUUGGAGCGGUCGCCUGAACCGAGUGGUUAAAAGAACCCGUGCUGCCGUGAUUUGGACACUAGAGGAGCGUAAGGACCAUAAGGCAAUAAAACGUUUUAAGCGAAGUGCAUGGGAAUAUCAAGGAUUGUUGUGUCAAACUGGAAAGACCACUGUUGGGACGGUUGCCUUGCAAAGGCAAUGGAUGAAUGCAUUUCAAGAUUUGUCAGUCCUCAGAGUGAAACAGGUCACGGAAAUCUACGGGCAUCGAAGCUUUUGACUCGCGAAAACUGAGAUCGUGAUAUUGAAGAAUCUCGGCUAGCUGAUCACCCCUCAGAGAAAAGCUAGAAAAAGACUACAUCAGUUUGGAAGCCGCGAAACAUCUCCUUUAAAAUGAACAACAGUUCCAAUGUAUCAACGCCAAACGACCCCCCCGGUGAUCCAUCUAGUCCCUCUUUGGAAUUCAAAACUACUAUAAUAAUUGCAUAUGCAGUUAUUUUCAUCAUCGCUUUUCUUGGAAAUUCAUUUGGGUUGUACGUUGUAGUAAGGAAGUUUUCUUCCCUCAGCGUCACGAACUUGUUUAUCGCUAACAUGGCCGUUGCAGAUCUGUUGUUGACGGUUACAAUCAUGCCGUUUCAGGUUGCUUUUAUUUUCGCGGAUGUCAGGUGGAUUCCAGGAAUAUUGGGAAACGUGACAUGCAAGGUAGUGUUCUACAUUAUUCCAGUUUCAAUCGCGGCAACUGUGUUCACGAUGAUGUUCAUUUCCUUCGAUCGAUUCUACGCCAUAUUCUAUCCGUUGAGAGAGAAGAUCUUCCGCAAGCCAAAAAUACUGUCCGCCACAAUUUGGAUUCUAUCUUUAGUGCUGAUGAUCCCAUAUCCUAUGAUGUACCGAGUCCAGUAUCGUCCUAACUCGGACACGCAUCUAUGUUUACAAUUGUGGCCCUGGCAAGAUGAAAGUGAUCCUACAUAUGCUGAAACCUAUCGCGUACUUAAGAUCUUCCACAUAACGAUUUUCGUUGUACUCUACGCAUGGCCCCUUUCCAUAACCAUCGUUAUCUACUUCUUAAUUUGUCGUAAGUUAUGGCUUCGAAAGAUCCCGGGAAAUGUGACAACUACCAAUCGCGCUGCAGCUGAAAAAUCCAAACGCAAAGUUGUGCGGUUAUUAGUCAUAAUCGUCUUGGUAUUUGCAAUCUGCUGGUUUCCAAAUUACGUUGAUCAUUACAUUUGGUACGUGCGACCUGACCUUAUCAAUUCGAUACCGAGUGAAGUACAGCUAUCCUUCUUGUGGCUAGCACACGCAAACAGCGCAAUAAAUCCAUGUCUUUACAUUUUGUUCAACAGCAAGUUUCGCAAAGAACUCUUCAUCACAAUGACUUGCUGUCCAAGUUAUCGUGUCAGGCUGGCACGCUUUUUGUCGGCUUCUUCACAAAAUGAGGAAGAGAACAGUUUUACAACUGGUGGCACCAUGUGGAAAAUGAUGUCGUUUGGUCGGAUAACGGCUUACACAUUGCCGCGUAGUCCCUCAGAGAAACGGGAAAGAGGGCACACAAAUAUGUCCUUGUCAUGGAUGAGCAUCAAAGAGGGAAACUCGUAUCCAAACAGUCCACCACCUCAGAACCAGAAUCAAAACUCCUCACAAGACACUUGUAACAGCGGAGACGACGUGCUCCAAGUGUACCGUUUGUCUUAAAAGCUGGUUUAUUGAUGAUUUCCCUGGUUCAUAGCUGCAUCUUCGAAUGACACAACAAAACGUCUACCGGUUUAGAUGCGUUGCUUUCCAAAGAGAAAACAGGCCUGAAAGGUUGAAUUUAAACUGUUGUGUUUGAGUCUAUCCGAUUAAAAACAGUUUUCCAUUGCCUUUGGAACAGUUUGGAUUACUUGAGCUUAUUUGAAAACAAGACAAGGUUGCUCCUUAAACAUCGUCUUCGCCAUAAUGUAGCUGAACAGAAAUAACUGGAUAGUCUGUGUGAUUUAGGAUGAGCUGUACAUAUGUAAAUACCUUGCAGUCCAAACGUGCGUAAAGGGUAUGUAGUUAUAAGCGAAUAUGUUGAACACGGUCUCUACGUGGGUGGAUAACGUAAGCCAUGAGUUGUCGUUAAAUCCAGCAGAUCGCUAUAAAAUGGACUCAGCAUAAGCGUUUUAGUCGGAGUCCUAAGUGUAUGCAGCAGAUUGUUUUUAUUGAUUUAAGUGCAAGAUUGCACGAAAAAAGCCCGAGUCACUUCAUUUACCACCACUCCUUUGCAAGUCUACAGAACAAAUUAAUCGAAACACUUUUUCUGGUAUAGAAACUUUUGAUCUUUGAACCUAGAUGAUGUUCGUAGGUUUUAAGAAGUUUUAUUAAUCAUGGAAAUAAUAAGCUGUUGAUCCUCAACAAGAGUACACCAUGGGAAUUGCAUUGAGCAUUCGUAAUUUUUCAAUGAAGAACGAAAUUUUCUAUUGAAGCUAUUUAAUAAAGUUUAAUAGGUGAACUUACUGCAAUAAUGUAAAAAUAAAUUGAUUCAGUUAACUGCAGUACGCAAUAUGGUCAUGAUAUCAUUAAAGCGUACAGCUAGGAACAGCUAAAUCGUUUGAAGUAUGGGAAGGGAUGAACAAAUGUGGUCAACCUUUACGCAUCGGCGGCCGCAUAGAGUCAUCUCGGCUUGCAAUUGCGUCAUGCCAAAUUUCAGCAAUUUACUCUUAAUAGUUUUGACUUAUUCUUUUGUUGAAUUUCGACCAGAGUGCCCCCUUGAAUAACUCGGCUAAAAUUCAAACAUCAGCUGAAAGACGUUCGGAUCAGUAAACUAGUACUAAACCCUACGGUUGGCUGAUGAAUACUCUUUGCAUAAGCGAGAACUCUUGAGAUACUGUUUAUAAAUAUGUAAGGUAAAAAAGACCGAAGCUGAUCAUUUUUCCUUAAUGUUAAUUAAAAAUUCUUAGAAUUAACAUAUACCCACGGAAAUUACCUAAUAAUUAUCUUUAAAAAUCUGAUUAAUAUACAACAUAUCAGUUAUUGAAUCAAUGAAAUUAGUACUGUUACGAUCAAAACUAUGGUUAGGUUUAAGAAUAAUCUGAUCGAUGUUUAAUUUGUCAAGUUGAGAAUUGAAUCAAAUUAAAGUUGUUACAA